AUGCACAACGUUGAAGAUUAUGAGGUAAAACAUUUGACCUUUUUCGUUAAGUCACUACCAGAAUCAGAUGUGAUACAAGAUAUUGUGAGCGGUAUAACUUUUGAAGAAGAACUGAAUUUUUAUAAAAAUAUUAAGCCAUUAAUGGCUUUAAACUCCGAGAGUGAUCGAUGGUCACCUAAGUGUUAUUUAGCAGAAAACAAUGUUUUAGUUUUUGAAGAUUUACGUGCCCAAGGUUUUUCAAUGAAUUCUGAAAAAAUAAUGGACGAGAGAUUAUUAAAAUCGGCUCUCGUAGCAUUAGCCCGAUUUCAUGCAUCAACACUUGUGGCAGAAUCAAAACUAGGCAAGCCACUCAACGAAGCUUUCCCUGAAUUUUUAAAAGAAAAAAUUUUUGAUAAAAGUACAAUAUUUGGUCGAUCAACCUUAUUAGGUUUCAAAACUUUAGUUUCAAUCGCAGACAAAUUCAAUCUUGAUGCAAGCUUCGUGUUACCUCAUAUGUACGACUACAUUCACAAAAAUAUAAGAUCUCAAGAAGGAGAACUAAAUGUAUUGUGUCAUAGUGAUCUGUGGAAUAAUAAUAUAUUAUUUAAUGAAAACGUUGUUCCUGAGUGUAUUAUCGUGGAUUAUCAAAUGUUAAGAUAUACUACACCAGUUGUAGAUUUAAGUGCACUUCUGUAUUUUAAUACAACAUCGGAAUUCAGAAAAAAGUUUGAAUUUGAAAUGAUCCGUUAUUACUAUUCCAUAUUUCAAGAAACUUUAGGUCGAAGGAAUAUAAAAAUAAAAGUUCCAUCCUACGAAAUAAUCUUAAAUACUUAUACAAAAUACAGACUUAUUGGAAUGAUG